AUGGACGGGGUCAAGAAGCGGAAGGCAGGCGGGCAACCCGCGACCGCGCCGGCAAAGAAGAAGUCUAGGACGCAUCAAUCCAUCCGAAAAUCCAUCAAAACAACGAAAACGAAAACGGCCGUCAGCGUCGACUCCUUGCGAUGGCACAAAGCGAAACUCCCAGAUAUGGUCAACGAUGCCGAAGGUUUCUAUGGCCUAGAGGAGGUCGAAGACGUCGAGGUCGUACGCAAAGACGAUAAUACCGUCGAAUUCAGAGCAGCUCAACCUCCACCGGACGAACCGGACCAGCCCGAAAGUGAUGGUGAAUUUCAAGGAUUCGACGAUGAUAUCAGUACAAAAAGGACGCCUCGUGACAAAAAUUCAAACCCGGAGGCGACAUCUGCCAAGGGUAACGAAGCAGAAGUGGCAGAUUCCGCCGAUGUUCCGAUAGACAAUAGGGAAUCUCAAAAGAGACAGAAGAAGAAGAAGAAAAAGGAGGAAGGAAAGAAUGGGGGCAAGAUAGAAGAUACGGAGCUAGAGACCGACGUAUUUUCUAAAGUCAACAACGCGGACGAGCAGGACGAUGAAGUCGAUGUAUCCGCGUGGGCGUCGUUAGAUCUGUCACGCCAAAUCCUCGGCUCGCUCUCGAAGUUGAAAUUUGCGAAACCAACCCCCAUUCAAACUGCUGCGAUACCUCAUAUUCUAGCCGGUCACGAUGUUAUCGGCAAGGCCUCUACAGGAUCAGGAAAAACGCUGGCAUUUGCCAUUCCGAUCGUCGAGAAGUGGCUGGAGUUAUUGGAAGAAGGCGGGGUCAAAACGAGUUCUAAGAUUCCGUUUGCCUUGAUUCUUUCGCCCACUAGAGAGCUUGCGCAUCAGCUCACAGAGCAUAUCAGCAAUCUCUGCUCUGGGUUGUCUGACUCGCCCUACGUCUGCUCGGUCACCGGAGGCCUGUCCGUCCAGAAGCAGCAAAGGCAACUAAUCAAAGCGGAUAUCGUGGUUGGAACGCCGGGGAGAUUGUGGGAAGUCCUUGGCUCUAGCUCGGAGCUGAUGAGAAAUUUCCAGAAGAUCCAGUAUCUGGUGGUAGAUGAAGCCGACAGACUGUUGACAGAGGGGCAUUUCAAGGAAGCGGCUGAGAUCUUGGAUGCCUUGGAUCGAUUGGAAACGGACGAAGACCAGGAAGAAGCGCAGGAAGCGGCCUCUUCUUCGCCGCGACAAACCCUCGUGUUCUCGGCAACCUUCCAUAAGGGCUUGCAGCAAAAGCUAGCCGGGAGAGGCCGGUACAACCUAAUGAGCGACCAAGACUCGAUGGAGUAUCUGUUGAAGAAGUUGAAAUUCCGGGAAGACAAGCCCAAAUUCAUUGACGUGAACCCGGUCUCCCAAAUGGCGGAGGGGCUCAAAGAGGGCCUGAUUGAGUGCGGAGCGAUGGAAAAGGACUUGUACCUGUACACGCUCCUCCUCCUGCACCCCAACGUGCGGACGCUCGUCUUCACGAACUCAAUCAGCUCCGUCCGGCGGAUCGCGCCGAUGCUCCAGAACCUCAACCUGCAGGCGCAGGCGCUGCACUCUCAGAUGCCGCAGAAGGCGCGCCUGCGCUCCAUCGAGCGCUUCACCGGCGCCAAGCCGGGGCCGGGGCCCGGGGGGCCGCGAGGCAAGUCGGCGGCGAUCCUCGUCGCGACGGACGUCGCCGCGCGCGGGCUCGACAUCGCGGGCGUCGACCUCGUCGUCCACUACCACGUGCCGCGCGCGGCGGACGCGUACGUGCACCGGUCGGGGCGGACGGCGCGCGGCGCGCGGACGGGGCUCAGCGUGCUGCUGUGCGCGCCGGAGGAGGUGACGCCGACGCGGCGGCUGAUCGCGAAGGUGCACGCGCUGGGGGGCGGCGGCGCGUCGGCGACGCCGCAGGGGGGGGGCCUCUUCUUCGUGCAGACGCUGGACGUCGACCGGCGGCUGGCGGCGCGGCUGCGGCCGCGCGUCGCGCUGGCGAAGCGCCUCGCCGACGUCGCGCUGGCCAAGGAGAAGGGCGCCAAGGACGACGACUGGCUGCGCGGCGCCGCCGAGGAGCUGGGCGUCAGCGAUGACGACGACGCCGACGCCGACGCCGACGCCGGCCACUGGGGCGGCCGCGGCUCCGCCCGCCGCCGCCGCGCCCUCGCCGCCCGCGCCACCCCCAAGGCCGAGGUCGCCGCCCUGCGCGCCCAGCUGCGCGCCCUCCUCGCGCGCCGCGUCAACGCCGGCGGCGUCAGCGAGCGCUACAUCGCCACCGGCGCCGUCGACGUCGACGCCCUGCUGCGCGGCGCCGCUGGCGACUUCCUCGGCACUGUCGAGGGCCUCGACGUCAGCGCGCUGUGAGGGCGGGGACCGGGGUUGCGGUGGAAGAAAGGUGUCAUUUACCCGAGACAUACUCCCCGAACGCGGGUCGCAGAGGACCCCCCGCGCGAGAAAACGGGCUUCGAGAUAUGGCUUGAGCGGAGGGGACAACCUCUCGAUACUCCUGUGAUAGGGGAAUCUAUCCCGGUAACCUUGCUUAUCAGCUCUGGCGUCCCCUCUUUGACAUCGCGACGUCCUCGCAUCCCCAUGUAGAUCGUGUACAGCCUGCGUCGUUUAGCUCGCCCAUCGAGUCCCAGACUUGGAUGACAACUGGGCAACACAGCUCUA